CAUUUGCGGGUUUGUUCAUUUCCAUUUUUAACGCUCUCGAGUUUUGAUUCAGCCAUGCCUCGCGUCGUUCUCAUUACACUCGUUCGACAUGGUCAAACAGAGGCAAACAAGUCAAGCAUCAUCCAAGGCCAGACGGACAUCCCGCUCAACGAUCAUGGCCGAAGACAGGCAGAGCAUGCUGCCCAGUCUCUCGCUGCGACCAAGGUGGACGCCAUGUACACGAGCGACUUGAGUCGAGCGCACGAGACCGCAUCCAUCAUUCAUCGGCGCUUGAAACAGCCGUGCGAGCUCAUUGUCGACCGAAGGCUGCGUGAACGAUCGUGUGGCGUUUUUGAGGGCAAGCCAUGGGGCAGCGCGCGCAAGCAUGCCGAGGCUUUGGGAAUCCCUCACUACGAGUUCCGACCGGAAGGCGGAGAGAAUUCGGCGGACGUCCGCGCUCGAGUUGCCACCAUGCUUCACGAUAUUGUGCAAAACCAGGCCAAAGUCGUGCACGAGUCGUUGACGCAUGAGACGGCGUCGCUGCAUCACGUUGUAGUGGUCAGCCACGGCGGUCUUAUUUCCGACUUGCUGCACUACUGCCGGGACCACGCAUUGUUAGACCUGAAUGGCCAUACCGUGACCAUCCCACUGAAUACCUCGCUCACCACCUUGGUGGUACAAGUACCCGAGACGGCUGACUCCAGCACGCGCGAUUUCCAAGAGCUUGAUGGUGCAGCCAUCGUGCAGCACCACAACCACGACCACCACCAGCAGCAGCAUCCGCAUGCGCUUCCGGUGCAUCAUCACACCCAUCAUGAGCAUCGUCACUGGUCUGUUAAAAUCCACCGGUUUAACGACGUGGAGCAUUUGCGGGAGCUGGAGCAGAUUGUCGCCCCUCACAACAUUUCCGAUUCAAUCUAGCGCAGUGAAAGUCGACCUGAAAAAUCGCGACGACUUGCGCGUUUUGUCAUCUGUACCAUUAUAUUUUGUUCCAUUUUUUACGUGUGCAAUAGUGGAGAUUGAACUCCUAAACAAGC